CGUGGACCUGAGGCCUGCCCUCCUGGGAGGAGCCAGCGGGCCCCUCCGUCUCUUUCCUCUCUGAGAACCGAAGUGCCCACUGCUGGCCCCUGAUACCCUCCCCCAAAGUGCUCUUGCUCUGCCCCCACCCCACUCCCGGAGAGGAGGAAGGAUGGACGGCGGGAGGCCGGGCCCAUGCUCUGAACUGCUCUAGGUCUACAGGCACCCCGUGUGGGACUUCAACAUGGCCUUUGCCCUCGAGGUCCCUGAGACCUUGGAGGACUGGGGCCAGGAACCCAGCCCCUAUGAUGAGGACGAGGUCCACCACUCCUUCCACCAGCUUAUUCAGGAGCAGAGCCAGUGGGCGGGGGCCUCAGGGCCCGAGGAGGCCGGGCUGGAGCUACAGGAGAUGGGGCUGGGGUCCAGCACCCCCGGGGCCCCAGGUGGGGACCAGCAGGUGACCCCAGGGCUCGGGGACACGCCUGUGUACAGCGCAGCCACCCUCCGCAUCCUGGCCAGCAUGCCCAGCCGCACCAUCGGCCGCAGCCGCGGCGCAAUCAUCUCCCAGUAUUACAACCGCACCGUGCGGCUGCGGCGGCGGCGCGCCAGCGGGCAACUGCCCGGGGGCGCCCGGCCCAGCCUCCGAGCACAUGACCUGGAGCUGGACCCCACGGCCCGCAACGAGGAGGAGAAGCGCAGUCUGCUGAUCAGGGAGCUGCGGGGCCUGACUGGGGUGCAGCAGGACCAGAUGCUUAGAGGGAUGCCCCUGAGCCUGGCCGAGAAGCGUUGUCUGAGAGAGGAGAGCCAGAUCCUGAGGAGGACUCCGAGGGACAAGGUGGACGGGCGAGGCGUCUGGUCCUGCUGCAGCCAGCUCAAGUAUGGCUGUGUCCUGGCCAUGCACAGCCUGUGGCUGCGGCUGCUGGGGCAGCUGCCUGCCCUGAAACCCUGGCACUACGCCCUGAAACGGAUCGGGGGCCAGUUCGGCUCCAGUGUUCUCUCCUACUUCCUCUUCCUGAAGACCCUGCUGGUCUUCAACGCCCUCCUGCUGCUGCCCCUGCUGGCCUUCAUCGUGGGUGUGGGGGCCGCCUUCCCCCCGGAGGAGCUGCCCCGCCCCACCCCCACCUUCACUGGGCUGGAGCUCCUUACGGGAGGGGGCUAUUUCACCAGCACCGUCAUGUACUACGGCUACUAUAGCAACACCACGUUGAACGAGCCAUGUACCUCACCACUGGAAGGCAGUGAGUGCACUCCUGAGGCCGGUGGGCUGCCCUACAGCAUGCCCCUGGCCUACCUCUUCACCGUCGGUGCGGCCUUCUUUAUCACCUGCAUCACCCUGGUGUACAGCAUGUCCCGCUCUUUUGGGGAGAGCUACCGGGUGGACAGCAACUCGGCCGUCCAUGCCAUCACCACCUUCUGCUCCUGGGACUAUAAGGUGACCCAGAAGUGGGCCUCCCGCCUGCAGCAGGACAACCUCCGGACCCAGCUGAAGGAGCUGCUGGCUGAGUGGCAGAUGCGACAGGACCCCCAGAGACUGUGUGCCCGUCUGCGGUCGGGGGCCGUGCUGGCCUGCGUCUGGCUGCUGUGCCUGGGGAUCACACUGGCCUGUGCCCUGGCCCUGACCCUGGGGAUGCCUCUGCCCAGGCUGGUGUCCGAGAAGAAGAUGAAGAGGCAGCGGAAGCCCGAGUUCGACAUCGCCCGGAAUGUUCUGGAGCUGAUCUACGGGCAGACUCUGACGUGGCUGGGAGUCCUCUUCUCCCCCCUCCUCCCGGCCGUGCAGAUCCUAAAGCUGCUGUUACUCUUCAACAUCAAGAAGACCAGUCUGAUGGCCAACUGCCAGGCACCGCGGCGGCCGUGGCUGGCCGCUCGCAUGAGCACUGUCUUCGCCACCCUGCUCUGCUUCCCCGCCUUCCUGGGUGCCGCCAUCUUCCUCUGCUACGUCGUCUGGCAGGUGAAGCCAUCGAGCAGGUGCGGCCCCUUCCAGGGUCUGGACACCAUGUACGAGGCGGGCAAGGUGUGGGUGCUGCGACUGGAACGCGCGGGGCCCCAGCUCUCGUGGCUGCCCUGGCUCUACCGCUACCUGCUGGAGAACACCUUCAUCAUCUUCCUGCUGUCCGCCCUGCUGCUCGCUGUCAUCUACCUCAACAUCCAGGUGGUGAAGGGUCAGAGGGAGGUCAUCUGCCUUCUCAAGGAGCAGAUCAGUAAUGAGGGUGACGACAAGAUCUUCCUAAUCAACAAGAUCCACUCCGUCUAUGACAGGAAGGAGCAGAGCAGGGGAGGGCCUGCAGGGUCCAGCAGGCAGGCCCAGGCCUCGAGCACUCCCUUGCCAUUCCCCAAGGACCCUGAGGCUGGGGGUCUGCUCUUGCACCGGUGAUGCCUACCCCAUGGGGCUGCUACCAUUUUUGGAUGUGGCUGCUUCCUCUGCUUCAAGACCCGGCAGGGAACAAGCCUAAGGAAGCUGGUCCUCUUUGCCUCUGCACCCAGGUCGGGCUGUAGUUUGGCUUGCCUCGGCCAACUGCCCUUCAUCCCGCCCCUUCCCUCCCCAGCCCCCCAGGUUUCCUUGGGACAUCAACUUCUCUCUCAAGCCAGGCUGGGCUGUUUCCUUUCCCAGGAUGCUGGAGGGAGGGGCACCGAGCCAUGCAGCACCCACUUAGCUCCCCAAUUCACUGGAGGCUCUGUAGCAGAGACACUGACCCGUAGGCCUCACCCCCGUUCCCGUGUUGCUUUUUGCACACCCAGGAUGCCAGGUGCAGCCCCAUCCUGUGUCUGUACUGCCACCCCCUUUACCCCUGGUCAGGGAUGUCCCAGGAGCUGCAACCUGAAGUCCUCAUGGCUCCUCAAGCAGCUGGAAUUCUAUUUAUUCAUAUUAAACUUGUUUUGCAAACCGG